AUGGGGUCUUCCUCUUCAAAGCCAGUAGUCCACCCUCCAUGCUCCUUGGACUCUUACUUGGGAGAUUUGUGCCAUCAAGGCGGUCAAGCAGGAUUGAUCAACGGCGUUCCUAUUGGCACAGGCACAGCACCCACUGUCACUGCCACAGCUAGCAAUGCAAGCCCUCAAAUCUCGAGCGCCCUUCUCAGAACAUCGGCGGGAGACGUAAAUCUUCCACAAGCAGUGUACGUUCGUAGCUACUUGAACACACAUAGCCAUAUCCAUCCCAGCAAGAUCGCAAACCCACAUACAGACGCACAUGACGAUAUCGUCGAGUCACUGAGUCUCGGACCCACCGACCCCGGCACAGCUACAGUCCUACCUGAUGCUAUCGAGACAGCUCAGUCAAAGGAAGAAAGAGAAGAGAUGGCUCAGAUGGCGUCGUAUUCUACAAUAUCUGAUUUGUGGUUGGCGGACGAUCAGGUAAGCAACCACGUUGAUUCAAUCAUCGAACCACAAGUCAAACCUGCUGGUCCUGUCAUCGUCCCACCCUUAGCCAACUCCGCCUCUACUCGAUCAAUUCCUGUGUCAGCUUGGGUCAAGAAAGUAUCAGAUAGUGCAUCGUUAGCCUACCGACAUCUGGUUGUUCCUCAAAUCAAGCCUGGUCCUGUUACAACAACCUCGCCAGGCGUUCCACAUUCAGGCUCCAGCCCCUCGGUCACUGUCCCACCGUGGAUGGGAAUAGCUUCUCUUGGGGCCGCCAUUGUCUACGUUUAUCAUUCUGCCUUCUGA